GGACAACUCGAGUGCACAACUAAAGAGGGCGACGGUGUAAUGAUGAUUUGCUGCUUUAGUGGUCCCUUGAAGACUAUGAGCGACACCUUUUGACUCGAGAUUAGUUGCGGGUCAUGGGUUGGAUUCAUCAUGUGAUGACAGUUUGAUUCUAGUUUGGGCAAAUUUUUGUGUGGGGUGGGUGGCUGCUGUAUAAGAGGGACGAGAAUGAGCUUGAGGAUGCUACCUCAUCAUCACGAACAGCUUGUUGCCGCUGCACUUUUAACAUUUCCCCGUUGUUCUUGGGACAGGAUUUGUGGCGCAAGGAGAAGGGUACAGCAUGUUGAAAAUCAUGAGGACGCCGUUGUUAGCCUUUGUAGUUAGUUUCCUCAUGUGUUGUGUGUCUAUGGCCCAAGCAGCGACCCCAGGCGCAGCGGUUCCGCGCGUUUAUCCUUUUCACUGGAUUAAGGUUCAUGGGUGGCUAAUGUGGCUAUCCAUGGGACUUCUGAUGCCCGUGGCUAUCAUACUGGUCCGCUUCUCUAGUGGUUACCGAGAGAAAGGUGACUUGAAAACCGUGAGAACUUUAGUCUACGCCCACAUCUUCGUUCAGGUUAUUGCGGUGUUGGCGGUCAUCUGCAGCGCGGUAGUCGCAAUCACGAAAUUCGACAAUGCCUUCACUUACACCCAUGAGCGGCUUGGUCUAGCGUUGUGGAUAUUGGUGUGGCUUGCACCACUUGUGGGCCUUAUUCGUCCCCAACAUGGAGUCCGAUCCCGACCAAUCUGGUAUGGUAUCCACUGGAUUCUUGGAACCGCUGGAGUGGUGCUGGGAUUCUACAACAUUUACACUGGGCUGCAUGCAUACGAGGUGAUGAGUGGAACGAGCUUGCGGACACUUCAGAUUUUAUUCUCAAUCCAACUUAGUUUUUGUGCUCUCCUCUACCUCACCCAAGAUCGGUGGCAAUAUCUGAUAGCACAAGGCAAAUAUUCGAAGACCGUGACUCCCGUUUACAACGGGCAGAAGCCCAAAGCUGAGAACGAGAAUGAAGUGUAGGACAACGCUGCAAUUAGUAUGUCCUUUCCUGACAUACUCUCUUUCGAAAGGGCUGUAAAGUUGAUUACAUUGGUUGUGGUUUAUUUCACCAUUUGUCAAUGUUAACAGAUGUAGGCAUCUGUUUGUCAAAGUGCUCACAUGUGUGUAAGAAGCACAUGUCAUUUCAUAAGUAGGUUUUUACAUUCGGAUUAUAAUAGAUGUACAUAACCAUUGGCUGGAUAAUGUAGAAAAAGGUUUUUAUCCAUGAAAAGUUCCCAUGGAUAAUUUUGCACUGUGCAAGUUGAUAUAAUAUGAUAAUUUCAUUGGCUUGUCUGUU